AUGCAUGAAUUACCAAAAGGAUUGAUCUUUGCCAUUUACUAUCCAGUCCUUGCAGCUAUUGGUCUUCCAGCUAAUCUGGCAGUGGUUGCAAUCCUGUCUCAAAACUCCUGUGGUCUAUCUAGGUGCAUCACGUACUACUUGGUGUCAAUGGCAGUGACAGAUCUCUUGGUCAUGAUCACAGCUGUAAUUUUAAAUCGGAUUGUCGGGAUUUAUUCCCCAUCCAGUUUCCUUUCUAUCACACCAGUGUGCAGUUUUCGCACUGCAGUAAAUAUGGCAGUUAUUGACAACUCCGCCUGGUUAACCAUCGCUUUUACCUUUGAUCGAUUUGUAGCUAUAUCGUGCCAGAAUCUGAAAGCAACUUAUUGCACUAAGAAGGUGGCAGCGUGGGUGAUAGGGGUAGUCUCUACUCUGUGCUGCAUGAAAAACAGUUUCUUAUAUUUUGUAUUGGAACCUCGGUAUGAAAUUAACAGUAUACCCUGGUUCUGUAGCAUAAAGGAAAUAUAUUAUACAUCAUCUGCUUGGGCUGCAUAUGACUGGAUCCGUUCUAUUCUAAAUCCGUGUCUACCUUUCAUUCUAAUUUUACUACUGAAUGUGCUGACCAUCAGACGCAUUCUCUCGGCUAAUCGAGCCCGCAGGAGACUUCAGCUUCAGAGCAAUGGGGAGAAUCAGUGUGACCCAGAGGUGGAGAAGCGGAGAAAGUCCAUUAUUUUGCUCUUUUCCAUUUCGGGCACUUUCAUUCUGUUAUAUUUGCUAUUUUUCCUAAAUAUUCUCUAUGUUCGAGCUGCGAAUAUCACUUAUUCCUCAGGAUCCACGUCGCGUUAUUCCAUGUUUUAUUUGGAGCAAACCGGAUACAUGCUACAGUUAUUGAGUUCCUGCAUCAACCCAUUUAUUUAUGCUGUGACGCAGAGCAAAAUUAGAGACGAGUUAAAGCAUGGAGUGAGAUUUGCUUUGAACAUACUUAUUAAUAUAUUUAAGGAUUGA